UCAAUUUUGUUUUUCCUCCAAGUAUUCCCUUCAAAUGCAUGUAUGUAUACAAACAAUAACUCCACAUUUCUGUCGAGUCACCACCUUCCCUGAUCUCAACUUCUCCACAAUUCACAAACCCUAAUUUCCUUAAUUUCUUCUUCUUCAUCUUCUUCCAUGGCAGAUUCUUCAGCAACACUUCACAAACCCAAAUUUCCUUAAUUUCUUCUUCAAUGGCAGAUUCUUCAACAACACUUCACCACCGCAGCACCAGAUCCGAUCACAAACGUUGGAUCCCACUUUUCCUCUCAUCAAACCAAACCCUUCUCACCCUUCUCUGGACCCUCGGAUUCGCUCUCAUCAUCCUAUGGCAACGCAACGCCGUCGAUCGGAUCUUGGAGCUCCGCCGCCACCGAUGGGGGCCGCCGCCGCCACUUCCCAUCCCGAAGCUCCGGCAGCUGGCCUUCAAUUUGACCGACUUCGGAGGCGUCGGCGAUGGCGUGACCGUAAAUACGGAGGCAUUCGAGAGGGCAGUAUCGGAAAUCAAAAAGAGGGGUGGUGGGCAGCUUAAUGUUGAGAAUGGGUAUUGGCUCACUGCUCCUUUCAAUCUCACCAGCCACAUCACUCUCUUCCUUGCUGAAAAUGCUGUUAUUCUUGGAAUUGAUGAUGAGAAGUAUUGGCCUCUUAUGCCUCCUUUGCCAUCAUAUGGAUAUGGAAGAGAGUGCCCUGGGCCUCGUUAUGGGAGUCUCAUCCAUGGUCAAAAUCUCAAGGAUGUUGUCAUAACAGGGUAUAAUGGUACCAUAAAUGGACAAGGCCAAAAAUGGUGGGAGAAGCAUCAAAAGAAACUUCUGAAUCACACCAGGGGCCCUCUUGUGCAGAUCAUGUGGUCAAAAGACAUUCAGAUUUCCAACAUAACUUUGCGCGACUCUCCUUUCUGGACACUCCAUCCUUAUGACUGCAAUAAUGUCACUAUCAGAAAUGUAACCAUCCUGGCUCCAUUGUCCGGUGCCCCUAACACCGAUGGAGUAGAUCCUGAUUCAUGUGAGAAUGUGGUCAUAGAGGACUGUUAUAUUAGUGUUGGUGACGAUGGAAUUGCAAUAAAGAGUGGCUGGGAUCAGUAUGGAAUUGCUUAUGGUCGGCCUUCCACUAACAUUCUCAUUCGUAAUCUCAUUGUACGCUCUAUGGUAAGUGCUGGAGUAUCGAUUGGCAGUGAAAUGUCCGGUGGAGUCUCAAAUGUCACCGUGGAAAAUCUUUAUGUCUGGAACUCAAGAAGGGGCGUCCGGAUUAAGACCUGUGCUGGUAGGGGUGGAUAUGUUCGUAAUAUAACCUAUCGGAACCUAACAUUAGAUAAUGUUCGGGUUGGGAUUGUGAUAAAAACGGACUACAACGAGCAUCCAGACGAAGGCUAUGACCCAAAAGCCCUUCCCAUCAUUGAAAAUAUAAGUUACAUUGGAAUUCGUGGUCAGGGAGUUCGUGUGCCAGUCCGUAUCUAUGGUAACCCUGACAUUCCCGUGAGGAAUGUCACUUUCCGGGACGUGUCAGUGGGAAUAACUUAUAAGAAAAAGCAUAUCUUCCAGUGUUCCUUUGUUCAAGGCCGUGUGAUUGGAAGCAUUUUCCCUGCUCCGUGUAAGAAUUUGGACCUGUAUGAUGAACAAGGAAGGCUGGUUAGGAAAUCAACAACACAGAACGGUACUGAUGUAGAUUAUGAAAUUUGAUGAAGGGAAAUCUAGAGUUCUUAGUGGAAGCAUUUGCGGUGAUAAUUGCUUAGCUUGUCUGUGCAGAUGAUGAAAGGCUUCAUUCUCAACAUGCUAAUAUCCAACAAUUUGGAGGAUUGAAUUAGCUGUUUCAAACAUUGUUUUUCCCGUGGAGAUUUUCAUCGUUGCCAAGAAUUGGAAAAACUGGAAUGUUGAGACAUGGGAUUUCCAAGUAAAUACUUGGCGGUUCCAUUUUUGUGAUGCUUGUACUAGCAAAUGUGGUCAACUGUUGAAAUUAACUAGACGCCGCCUGUGAAUGAGAGAGAGAGAGAGAGAAUGCUGCAGUUUCAAAUUUAAAGCAAAAUUGAAAGAAGAGUACGAUGUAUAGCAGUUAUUGGUUUUGAUUCAUUAAAACUGAGUUGGAUUAUGUGGCAGCUUGUUAUUGGUUGUUUAGAAGUGUAAGAGCUGUAAUUAGUUUUGUUAAAUAAUUAGUUACUAGUAUUGAUAGUUGUUAUUUUUAGUUGUUUUGACAGUUCAAAGAGACCUGUGGAUCAGAGCGACUGCUUGCAUCUUAUUUUUGAAGGAGAGGGAGAGGAGGGUAGAGUUAGGGGUGUCUUGGAAUGUCUUAUAACAUAGCUCACUUUGUAAUUUUCUCUCUUCUUCAAUCUAAGACUUCAUUGCAGAGCAUUCAAAG